AUGAAAAUGCAAUGUCGCCUCACAGAUAUGUAUUUUAUCCUGAGCGUAACUAUUGCCUGCUGGAUUCUGCCCAACUAUGUUCUUAAGAGCGGUAAACUCCCGACAUUGCUGCUUACAAACAUGUUGACUGCUGCUGACACCUUCGACCUGUUGAAUUGUCUCGAUGAACCUCUGGCUCCUAUACCCGACAUAUGGAGGACGGUCGUUUAUGUAUGGCCAGCCAGUCUACUUCACCUCGUCUGCAAUAAUAUAUCGACCUUUGCGGAUACUGCUACUGACGCCGAAAGUGGCUGGGAUGAUUCUGAAUCUCAGUCCUCGAGCACUGACUAUUCGGGAUCUGACUCUUCGGGGUCUGACUCUGGAUCUUGGUCAGAGUAUGUGGUGGAGACCAAUAAUCAGCAUUUUCUCUUGCGCGGUUCCAGUAACAUUGCUACGUUCCAGUCAAACAGUUCACCAUCGGAAGAACGUAUUACAUGCCCUUUCUCUGUUAUCGUCGGUGGUGGGGUAUUGGAAAUCCUACUGUCCGUAGUGCUCCAGGACUUGCCGUUUUUGUGCUGGCGUUGUAACCUGCUGUCCCGCGUUAAUCGCUACAACCCCAAAAUCUAUUUCUUUGCCGCGAAAAAUUUACUUUUCAUUAUAGUGCAGGUAUUUCAAGGGUCGGUCCUGCUGCAUCAGCGUUUGAGAUGUAUGUGA